UGAAGUGUAGUGCGGUCGAGUUUGCGGUAGUUGCUCAUGCAGUUGGCACGCCAGCACAGAUUUGUGAUUUGUGACAGAUAUAGGAACUAAUUUUCAUAAUAUCAAUUAACGAUAAACUUGCUUUAUUGACUGUUAGCCCUAUUAAAUUAAUUUGUGUAAAAGAAGAACCAUGUAUUUUGUUUUAGUUAAUGUGUUAAACCGUGGAUUGUGAACUGGAGUGAAAUAAAGGAUUCUUUAUUGUUUGAAUGUGUUUAAUAAACCGCCGAAAUUGAGGACAAAGUAACAGGCGACGAAAGGAUGGCAGCAUCGCACAUCCUGAGCGCUGUGGAGCCGACGGUCGGCGGCGGCAGUUCGCGCAGCGGCCGCGAGAGGGAAGUCAACGUAGCGCUCGACGACAGAGAACUCUGGGUGCGGUUCCAGACCCUCACCAACGAAAUGAUUGUCACUAAGAAUGGAAGACGAAUGUUCCCUGUAGUCAAAGUAACAGCUAGUGGCUUGGAUCCGACGGCGAUGUACACCGUGCUGCUAGAAUUCGUGCAAGUCGACUCCCAUCGCUGGAAAUAUGUUAAUGGAGAAUGGGUACCUGGCGGCAAGGCGGAAGUGCCUCCAUCUAACGCAAUUUACAUACACCCCGAGAGCCCAAACUUUGGAGCGCACUGGAUGAAAGAACCGAUAUCCUUCGCUAAAGUCAAACUUACGAAUAAAACAAAUGGAAAUGGACAGAUAAUGUUAAAUAGUUUGCAUAAAUACGAGCCUCGAGUGCACCUUGUAAAAGUCGGCACCGAUCUCCGUCGAAUAAUGACAUACCCGUUCCCGGAGACUCAGUUUAUAGCAGUCACCGCUUACCAGAAUGAAGAGGUGACUUCGUUGAAGAUAAAAUACAAUCCUUUCGCUAAAGCCUUCCUAGAUGCUAAAGAAAGACCUGAGGGUUAUUAUCAAAGAGAUUUUGUUGGCACGCAUUACCCUCAACAAAGCUCUUCGCCACAUCAGUAUCCGCAAUUCGGUGGAUGGUUUGUUACUUCUCAGUCAUUAUAUGGGAGCAGCAAUGCAGCAUCCAGAAGACCAGCGCCCUAUCCUCCGCGACCACCGUCACGGCCAAGAACGUUGUCACCGCCUUCGUCGUACAGCAAUUCAGAACGGACGACAACUGCGACGAAUGGCAGCGGCAGUUACACUUGGGUCAGCAGCAGUGGGUACUGGAACUCCACGCAGGGCAGCAGUUCUCCACAGCCGAAUACUUCUCCAGCUCCAUACCGCACCCCUCCUCAUGCAUACCCAGCGCCUCUGGAGUAUGCGCCCGCGCCCCCUACAAGCACAUCAGCGCCAUCAUCAGCCCCCGCACCGCUCUACCCCCUCCAGUACGAAACUCCAGCGCAACACCAUUCACCCUACUACCAACAUGCCUAUGCACCGUACGCGCAUCAUGCGAUUGAAGAUAUUUCUUAUUGGCCUAAUAGUCUGAACAGCUACGGUUACCAACCAUCUGAGUACGUCGGAAGUGGAGAAGUGGCAUAUGGUGCCGAGGGCAUGCCUUUUGGGCCUGCAGGGCCUUCUCUCGAAGCCGCCGCAGCCGGCGAAGGCCGUGCCACGCCCCCCGGACAGGAACACCCACAAAGCGAACGAGAAUACAAGUUUAGCGCCGAAGAAGAACGUCAGUCACCGUGUGACGAGGCGGCACUACCACCACGCUCACCAGCGCAGUGACCAUCAACCUAGUUCAUAAGAUAGUUGCAAAUAAUAAGGAUGGAUUUCGAAACCUUCUAAAAUAUACCUAUUUUUGUAUUUUACGAUUUUUAGGGUUGAAAUUAAAGAAAAUAUUUUAUCUAGGUAGUAAUGCAUAGGUGUAUUGUGUUGUUCCCUUUUGAGAGAUGUGUAUAUAUUGUACUAGUAGAUUUAAUAAUGUAUUUCUAAAAUAAGUUUGGAAUACAUGUCAUAAGAGUGGAAAAAUAAAAUACGUAAUGUAAUAGUUCCAAUUUAUUUUAAGUAUUUUUUGCACGUUGUAAUAUAGAUUUCCGUUCACAUAUCCGAUUGAAAUUGGCUUGCUUCACGACUACCCAGGCUCAGUAAACAGUAACAAUCGCUCUAGCAGGUGUAACUUAGUUUUCAUUAUUUAUGUACUACUUGAGAGUUGUCUAUUUAUAGUAAACAAGAUGAAAUAUGGGUAGGUAGGUUCCACCUUCCUACUAAUACAAAUCUUCGCUAUUGUAUUAGCGUCUCUUGCAAGAAAGCUACCCACGGCUAUCCCUGUUCUAAAAAAAUGAAAUAGUAUUAUAUGCUUUUCCAAUAAAUUACGAAUGUAAAACUUAACAGAUCGAAUUGUGUAAAGCGCAAAGAAAAAUAACUUUUGCGGUGUUGACAAUA